AGUAGGAGAGUGUAGCGGAUUAUCUCCCCUGAUGAGACAGUAAGAGUGUACUCGGUUGAUACAGACAGGGAUCACUGCGUUUCAGAAGUAUAUUCCAUCAAGGGUGUUCACACCAUGGUCUAUAUCAUGUCUAUCCUGAUGUUAAUGAUGGUAAGUUUUACUGGAGAAGUAGCUGGCAAAUGUAGGAAAUAUGCGGAUCAGGUUCUUCUGGUAUCUAUGGAUGGGUUCAGAUACGACUAUCCCGAGAAAGUAUCCACGCCCAACUUUGACAGAAUGGCACGGGAUGGCGUGAAGGCGGAAUAUAUGACCACCACAUUUGUCACAAAGACCUUUCCUACUCACUACAGUAUUGUUACUGGACUGUAUACCGAAAGCCAUGGGAUUGUAGGAAACACCAUGUAUGAUCCGGAGUUUGACGAAUUCUUUAGUAUGCGCUCACAUCAGACAAAAUGGUGGGAUGCGGGAGAACCCGUAUGGAUUACUGCCCGGAAGCAUGGACUUACUUCCGGUACUAUGUUCUGGCCCGGAAGUGAGGUCGAGAUUCAGGGAAUGCAUGCAAACAAGUGGUACACCUAUAACGACUCCAUUACUUUUGAUCAAAGAGUAGACAUAGUCAUUGACAUGUUAAAAGACGACCAAUUCAAUUUUGUAACAACAUAUUUUAACGAACCGGACCUGGCUGGACAUAUUUAUGGACCGAAUUCACCAGAAGUUGUCAACAAGAUCGUGGAAAUGGAUUCGCUGCUUGGAACACUCUUGGACAAAUUGAUCGCAAAUGGACUUCAGAAUAAAGUCAAUCUUAUACUCACAAGUGACCACGGAAUGACCGCUGUCGAUUUCGACAACAAACUAGUGGAAAUUUAUGAGUUAGUGGAUAAAUCCCUGAUCCAGCUUACAGUGGACAGCGGUCCAAUCAUGCACGUGGUUCCGGCUGAGGGACAGGAAGACGCUGUCCUAAGUGCUAUAAAUAGUCACCCCCACUUCACUGCCUACAGAAAAGCAGACAUACCCGACAGAUGGCACUACCAGAACAAUAGAAGGAUAAUGCCGAUCUUUGUUGUAGCUGAUGAAGGAUGGACUAUUACAUGGAAUGCUACUUCCAGUAAGCUUCGUCCUAGCAAGGGUAACCAUGGAUACGAUAACAGUUUGAUGUCCAUGAAGCCGAUAUUCUAUGCCAUGGGUCCUAACUUUGGGUCAAACUUCUCUGCUCCGCCAAUUAACUCAGUUGACAUUUAUCCUUUGUUGUGCGAACUGCUAGGCAUGACACCGUCACCUAACAAUGGUACUUUGCCAAACAUCGCACACCUCCUACAGCCAUUCACUGCAGAUCAACAAAUUUGUGAUGGAGCCCUCGGCUUCACUUCCGGUAAAUUGCAUUUUCUAUCUGUGUUUGUGUUCCUCAUUGUCAGAUUUAUGACACAAGUGGAUGGUGGGAGAGAUGAAUAAGCAGACCUGUUUAUCACUUGAAAUCAGGUGUAGAGCAGGUGUGGUUCGGUAUUUGUGGGAAAGUUGGUUUGUCAAGUGGGCAGAUCGAAACAUCAUAUUGUAAUCUUUUUUUUUAAACAAUUUGUUCGGCUCGAUGAUUGCAUUUUGGUAUAGUUUCAUAACCAAUGGCGGCAAUUAACAAAAGAGCCUCAAAAUACCCAGUAUGACAUGUGUUUCAAUGUAAAUGUGACCAUCUUAUGGAUAUGACACUAACAGCCUGUAUGAAAGAGUUUCAUUCUGUCUAAGGCCAGUAUCUUUGUACUGUUUAAAUCAAGCCAAGGACGAAAUUAGUAUAUAAAUAAGGCAGGAAUACAAAAGUAUUUAAACUAUAUGUGUUAAAUAUUUAUUAUAGUUCUCGGCGUAACAUGUAGGGAGACUUAUACAAAAUCGUGUAUUAAGUACCAUUAGCAUGUCUACACCGUCACAGCCACUAAGAUCAAACAUUGGCGUCAUAAAGGAAAGCUUUGGACAUGGUGCUUCCAUUACAUUUCAAUAUAAUACAAUUAGAGUAAGCCAGCAGAUAAUGGUUAUUCAAUAUUUGUAUGCAUAGUUUUCAUAAUUAUAUUGUUUUGUUAUCGAAUCUCUUGCAUGUAGAUGAUGUAAUGAUAAUAUGUUACAACAUACAACUUACAUAUGUAGACGCCAGUCUAAACAUUGUUGAGCAACGAAUAAAUAACCUUAUACUCACGUCUAUUCAUAAGAA